UAGUUACCACAGCAGGACGAACAGGAAACGGAAAUCAGGGUUUCUCAGCAACUGCUUUAUUGCCUGUUGCUCGGGAGAUUAGAUCAAGCAAACGAAACGAGUUAGAAAAGGAAGGGGAGAGAGAGAGAAGAUAGAGAGGUGAAUCGAUCCAUAUUGGCGAAGGUAGCAAAAAAAAGGGAAUAAAAGUGAAUUUGGAAAGGAAUUUCAAUUCAGUGGCAGAAAAAUAGCAUGUGGAGCCAAAGAGAGAAAUAAGAACCUAAACAUUCGUUUGCAAAGACUGGCAGCUCAGCAGGGACUGGGACACGAAAAUAAGGGGCAGCUACAACGGGAAAGACGGCCCAGGGUCGACGAUGUUCGGACCUUCGCGGGUCCCUGUCCAGGAACAGAUCUGGGAUUUGCAGAAAAAAAUCCAAUUAUUAGAGGGUGACCGUAAGGCUUACUAUGAAAGUUCACAGUGCAAAAUCAAGAAGAACAAGGACACCAUUCAAUAUGUCAGAGAAGAAAAUAAACGCCUGCACAGAGUACUUGCAGGGGCAUUGCUGAGCAAUGAGAAACUUGUUAAAGAAUCAUUUCAAGAUCAACAUGAGAAAGCAGCAUUGAGAAAUAAGAGUGGAAAGGAUGUCAUUAUGGUGAUGGACCAGAAAGUUUGUGAUAAGAUUAAGCGCCUGAAUGCUCUUAAGCAUGUGACAGAGAUGAAGAAGAAAAUUCAGUUGGACCUGGAGAUGCGAUACAGCAAGAAUAUGCAGGAAGUGAAAGCCCUGCAAGAGAUCGUGGAGAACGUGUCUGAGGAUGCACAGGUGAAACUGCCUGUUCAAAGAAAAACCUUGCGGCUCCUGGAGAAUCGUUUGGAGAAAACCCAGCUAAAGUAUUGUGAGGCAGUGCAUGUAAUGAAGGUGUACCAGAGACUAAAGGCACAUCUGCAGGAGGAGAGUGUGAGCUUUCAGAAACAACUUGAUACUUUGGAAGCUAAAAUCCUACAGCAACAACAGGAACUGAAAGAACUUCAGGCCAUGAAUAAUGAUGCCCAACUAUCUCGAGAUACUGCCAAGACAGAACUCCAGCAGCACGAGGAGGCCAUGCAUAAGGAACGACGGGAACGGGAAAAGAUUCUCACUGAGUACAAGAAGAUGGCUGAUGAGAAGAGAACACAAGCAGAACGUGCAGAAAGACGGGCAAUGCGAGCAGGUGCUCACUCUGAUGAUUUGCACUUUGAGCGACCUGCAACACAAGAAACUGGGGCCGAGGAAAGAGCCAUCAACAUAUUUGAGGAUAUCUUGUGGAUCAAAACUGUGACUGGUGUUAGUGACGUACAGGAUGUGGUGAAACGCUUUGUGAUGCAGGAAGAAACCUUGAAGCAUUUGCAGGAGUUGGAACUGGAGAAUGAGAAGCAAAUGGUGCGACUAAGGGAGGAGAAAGAGGUACUGCACGCGGAAUAUGACCAACUGAAGUAUUCUGGUGAAACAAAACUUUCCAGUGAGCAAAAAUUGUUCAUGGAACUACAAACUCACCUGAACAAUGAGCAGAAACGACGAGAUAAGCUAAUGGAGUACCUUGAAUAUGUCAGCCAUAUCACCAUGUCCGUUAAAGCAGGCGUGGAACAUAUCUAUGAGAAAUUGAAACAUGUGCAAAUUUCAAAGGGCAGUAUUCCAGCUAUGGUACUGAGCCCCGCAUCAGAUGAGUAUGUAUUGGACUUGUUAUCAUUUACAGAGGAAAAACUCAUUAAACUUUGUCGAAAUCUAGAAGGAAUCGACAUGAAGACGACAUUGCAAUUGAUUGAGGAUGAUGAGUUCCAUGCCAGCGUGCAAGGCAAUCUUCCAGCUUACAACAUGAGAGUGAGGCUUCCCAUAGCCCAAAAACCUGAUACAUAUGACGAUGAUGAUGAUAUUGAUGACGAUGACAAUGAUGAUGAUGACAACAGCAGUGAUGAUAGUGGCGACAUCGUCACAAGAUCAGUACUAAAACAGCAGUCACAGCAGAUUGUUGACUGGAAAACCAAAAAGAGGACUCGACCCAAGAGGAAGAAAGGGAAGCACAAAUCAGUUCAGGACUGAAGCCCACUGGAUCUAACCUGUUUGUGCACAGAGUCACAAGUCUGGUGGACACAGAUCACAUAACCAUUUAUAGCAAUAGAAAACCACUAUAUAACCAGUAAAAUAUAAACAAAUGUUUAUAAACAAAUCCUUUCAUGUGACCAUUAAUUCUAUCCCAAGUAUUUAUUUUUAGAUCUUUUCCCCACUACUGAAGUUAAACUGACAGGCCCAGCAAUUACGGACCAAUCUUUACUAUCUUUAUUUAAGGGCCUAAUGUUUGCAAGUCUCCCAUUCUGCAGUACCAUUGCUGAAUCUAGAGAAGAUUGGAAGAUUAUUGCCAGUGUCUCUGCAAUUUCCAAGCUCACUCUCUUCAAUAUCCCAAUCCAAACCCCACCUCCACUCUGCAUUCCAGCUGUAAUUGAGGAUAUAGUAGCUGAACUUAACUAUACAGCCAUAGUGAUGUUGAACUAAGGAGCUGGGGAGCACCAGGUAAAUGAGUUGUGCUGCUAAUGCAGUAAAAGCUGCCAGCCCUGCCCCACACUCCAUUUCAGUUUUUAAACAUUUGAUAGUGUUCAUUCUUUACUGAAAAGUAACAUCAGAAGUUGUGUGCCUGGGUUUCCUUGGCUGAGGUAUUAGACCUGGUGAGAAUUGGAACACUACCCUGAUUUCAUUGGUAAAUUGUGCAGGAGCUUUCCUUCAAAUUAUAGGGGACAAAGCAUUUCUAAU